AUGGACUAUGCUGCAUUUGGUGAUGUAUUGGUAUUUGAUACAACUUAUCGUACAAAUCAAUAUAAGAAGCCAUUUGUGAUUCUAGCUGGCGUAAGUAACCAUUUUAUGACAAUCAUAUUUGGAUGUGCUUUGUUGCCUGAUGAGACAAUGGAGACAUACACGUGGGUGUUGGAAAUGUUAAUGGAGGCCGUGGAUGGACAAAGACCCAUCUCUGUUGUAACAGAUGGUGAUAGGACAAUGCAUCAGGCAAUCGAAAGAGUUAUUCCAAAUAGCAGACAUCGUUUAUGUUCUUGGCAUCUGGAGAAAAAUGCCUCAACAAAUGCCCACAUACCAGAAUUUACUAAUGAUUUCGCACAGUUGAUGUUAAAGAAAUAUAAAAUUGUUGAGUUUGACAGUGCGUGGGCUCGUAUGGUGAAACAAUACAAGUUGGAGAACAAUAACUGGGUGUUGGAGAUUCACCGCAAGCGUGAUAAGUGGGCUGAGGCGUAUCUUCGUGGUCACAUGUUUGCUGGGAUGAGGAGCACUCAAUGUGUCGAAGGUAUGAAUGCAUAUUUCAAUAUGUUCCUAGAACAAAAGGUAAGGUUGUACGAAUUUGUAGCACAAUAUGAUAAGGCUCUUGCUAGGAUGCGUGUUAAUGAGGCAGAAGCAGAAUCUAAAACAGAGAAUAGUUUCCCAAUUUUGACUACGCCAUUGAGAAGUUUGGAAAAACAUGCAGCUGAGCUCUUUACUCGGAAGAUUUUUUCAAUGUUUCGACGUGAAAUCAGCAAAGAGGGUAAAUUGUUUGUGAUGGAAAGAGUUGAGUUGGAGGAUCGUCGCACCUAUCAUUUUGGUGAGUACAAGGCACCAACAAGCACAUGGACGGUUGAGUAUUUUCUAGCAGAUAUCAUAAUAAAAUGUUGUUGCUUGAAGUUUGAGUCGUUUGGCAUUCCUUGUUGCCACAUGGUUGCCGUCAUGAAAUCUGAACAAUUAAUGUGUAUUCCACCGAGUUGUGUCUUGAAGAGAUGGACAAGAUAUGGUAGGUCAGGAUAUCAACAACCAAGUCUUACCCAAAUUUCUAGCACCCUAACACAGACAGCCCGGUUCGGUAUACUGAGCUCAUGUUUUAGUGAAAUGUCAUAUUAUGCCUCACACACAAACAAUGAUUUUGAAGAGGCAAGGGAAAUGGCUUUCCAGAUAACAUUGAAGAUGAAAAAGCACUUGGCAAUGCGAACAAAAUAUAAUAUCGAGGUUGGGGACAAAAAUAUUGCACCCAAACUAUGUGGCGUUGGUGAUCUUAAUGUAGUAAAGACCAAAGGGAACCCUGGAGGGACAUCUUCUAUGGGUAAACCUCCAAAACUAAUGCGGUGUGGGUAUUGUAGGUAUGGAGCACAGACACACGAAGUGAUGGUGUAA